AUGGGUGGUUUAGAAAUGAGCAAAAAGGAUAUUCCUGUUGCUAAUUUCGUCGUGCACGAAAUCCACUGUAGCAGAAACAUUGAAGUAUGCCGCUUCUGCAGUGAAUUAAUCGCAAAGUCUGAAAUGAAGACCCAUAUGGAGUCUGAACACCUGCAGGUUACCUGCAAGUGUAGGAUGAAGAUAGAAAAACGUCUCUUGAAGGAUCAUGAGGCAUCAGCAUGCCCUCUGCGUCCUGCCCUCUGCCAGUUCUGUGACAUCCAGCUCGCUUUUGACAAGCUCCAGGACCAUGAAAUUUACUGCGGAGCGAGGACUGAGAGAUGUGGUGGGUGCGGUCGUAACGUCAUGAUGAAAGAUCUCAAAGAGCACCCUCGAGUCUGUGGGCAAGAAGUGAAACAAGUAAGAGGAAGCAGGACAGUGCCUCGCUUUGAGGAUGAGGAUGCAGAUUUCCACACCCUUCAGGACAUCAGAAGCCGACUAAGAUCAGGUAACUGUGCUGGGCCUUUGUGGAGAAGGCCCAGGGUGCUCAAAAAGCAGAUUUAUAGCAGCUGCGUAGGAGACAAAACACUUUAGGACCUUAGCAGAAGAAAUGUUCCGGCAGCACAAAGAAAUCAAAAGUGAGAGGGUGAACUGGAGCAGUUGGAGAGAAAUGAAAAUGCUCGUUCUUCACUUUCUGAAGAGUGGAACGCUGAUUUAGACUACGUGUUGGCUCUUAGCCUACAGAAUGAGAAUAAUCCUCACAAUAACGCUGCAGCUGGAAUUCCCGGUGACUUCUGGGAAAACUACUACACCAAAGAGUCUGUGCCAUCUGUCUAUCUGAAUGAAGCAGACAAGUCAAAUGUCUUCCGUGACUCUUUAGUGCCUUUUAGCAUGUCAAACCACAUAAAAAAAGAUGAGAUCAUCAUGCUGCCAUGUGAAUUUGUGAGGAGCUGUACCCUGCCGAAGAUCUGA